AGUGCCGCCGCCGACUGCCCGGGCGAGGGUGGUUAAAUCCGGCGGGGUGGUCCGUCUCGGCGCCAUCUUCACGACGCCGUCGGCCUCUCGCCUCGCAGUCGUGCGCCCUUGCUGCGCCGACGAGGCAGCCUCCGCCCGCCAUUGCCGCGCCGACGAGGCAGCCUCUGCCCGCCAUUGCCGUGCCCACGAGGCAGCCGCCGCCCACCAUUGCCUCACAGACGAGCCAGUCACUGCCCGCAGUUGCUGCACCGGAAACUCCCUCGUUCUUUCCCAACAUCAACCUCAGCCAGGAGCGAACGAUGGAUAGACGUUGGAUUCAUGGUACAUUGUUUUCCCGUGAGAACAUUGAAGGUGUCAAAGAAUUUAUGAACUUCAUUCAAGAGAUAUUCAGCGAGGAUGAUAAAAUACUCUGCCCAUGUAGAGAAUGCCUUAAUCAUAAGUACCAGCAUCAGACCGUUGUGAACACGCACAUAUUGAUGUAUGGCAUGGAAAGUACAUAUACUCGUUGGAUAUAUCAUGGAGAAGACUUUGAUGUAGAUGUUAUUGAACAUCCUAUUGAUGUGCAUGACACCGAGGAUGGUGACAACGGCGCUGACCGAUUUGAAGAGAUGUUUGAAGACCUACGCACAGCAGUAGAACAAGCUCAGAGUGAAACUCAAAAUCAAGAUGCUAACAAUGGUGGAAACCCUUCUGAGAAUGAGUCUUUUUUGAAGGAUGUGAUGAAGGAGGCAAAAUGGCAGCUUUAUCAUGGUUGUACCAAGUUUUCAAGGUUCUCCUUAGUGGUAAAGCUUCUUCACUUGAAGUGAUACCUUAGGAUCCCGAAUAGUGCAUUUACUGAAAUUUUGAAGCUAUUAGCUGAAGCAUUCCAUGAACCCAAUACGCUCCCAAAAUCGUAUAAGGAAGCAAAGAACCUUCUAAAGGAAUUAGGCCUUGGGUAUGAGUCUAUACAUGUGUGCUUCAAUAAUUGCAUUCUGUUCAGAAAGCAAUAUGCCAAUCAUGACAAUUGCCCAGUUUGUGGCCUAUCAAGGUGGAAAGACCCUGCUAGAAAGAAGAUUCCACAGAAAGUGUUGAGGCAUUUUCCAUUAGUGCCUAGGCUAAAGAGGAUGUUUCUUUCCAAAAAAGGCGCAGAAGAAGCACAAUGGCAUGAGCUAAAGAGGCAGCCCAAUGAGAAGGAACUGAGUCAUCCAAAAGACGGUGAUGCGUGGAAAGAUUUCGAUGAAAAUUUUCUAGAAUUUGCAGAAGAUGACAGAAACUCUAGGCUUGGCAUUGCCACUGAUGGGUUCAAUCCUUUUGGAAAUUUUAACACAACCUAUAGUAUGUGGCUUGUAUUUGUUAUACCAUACAACCUUCCACCUUGGGCAUGCAUGGAUCAGUCAAAUUUUAUGAUGGCUCUGCUGAUUCCAGGUCCCAAAUCACCUGGCAAGCACUUUGAUGUCUUUCUACAACCACUUAUAGAAGAAUUACUUGAGCUCUGGGAGGGUGUGCGUACAUAUGAUGCUCUUAGUGGAAAAAUGUUUGAUCUUCAUGCUGCAGUUCUAUGGUGCAUUCACGAUUAACCAGCUCUGAGCACUCUUUCAGGGCGUACCACAAGAGGCUAUUUUGCAUGUAUUCAUUGUGACAAACACCCUCUUUCUUACAACCUAAGGAGUAAAAUUGGGUAUAUUGGUCACUAUCGUUUCCUUCCAAGGGGUCAUCGUUUGCGGAGAAACAAUGAAUUUGUUGGUCUUCAUGAAAGCAAUGAUGAGCCGGGUAAAUUCUCUGAGAAAGAGUUGCAAGCAGAAUUGGAGAAGGUUAGACCUGGGAGACAACAAGAAAGUAGGAAAAGGAAGCGUUCUGACUUGGGCAGCAAGAAGGAUCAUGUGCCAAUUUGGGGUCGGAGGGUUUGUUUGUGGGAUUUGAAGUAUUGGGCAAAGGUGAAGCCGAGACACAAUCUUGAUGUCAUGCAUAUUGAGAAAAACAUUUGUGAAAACCUCAUUGGGACAAUUCUGAAUCUGGAGGGUAAGACAAAGGACACACUUAAUGCUAGGAUUGAUCUCAAAGAUUUGAAUAUUAAAGAGGAGUUGCAAUUGAGGAAGGAGGGAGACUCAUAUGUGAUGCCUCGGGCCCGAUAUACCUUGUCCAAAGAACAAGUUGUUGCAUUUUGUCAAUUUUUACGAGAGUUAAAGUUUCCAGAUGGGUUUGCUUCCAACAUCUCAAGAUGCACAAGUGCUGAUGGAACCAAGGUACAAGGCCUGAAAACACAUGAUUGUCACAUUCUUCUGCAGAGAAUCUUACCUGCCGGCAUGAGAGGAUUUUUGGACAGUGAUAUAUAUGAAGCAAUAGCUGAGUUAGGCAAUGUUUUCAGAGAACUGUGCAGCAAAACUCUUAAUAGGGAUGUCUUGGCCGAAAUGAAGAAGGAAAUCCCUGUAAUUUUGUGCAAGCUUGAGAAAAUUUUCCCGCCUGCAUUCUUUGAUGUGAUGGUGCACCUUGCCGUACAUUUACCUGAAGAGGCAUUGCUUCGAGGUCCCGUACAAUAUGGGUGGAUGUACCCAGUUGAAAGAAGGCUAUAUACUUUAAAGGGCUAUGUGAGGAAUAGGGCGCGACCAGAAGGUUCGAUUGCUGAGGCAUAUAUUGCAGAUGAAUGCCUGACAUUUUGCUCCAGGUCCACAAUCCUAUGAGGAGCCAAGGGAAAGGGGCCCCAAUUUGGGAAAAGGUCUGGAAAGGAUCACUCAACGCCGGCGGGGCAAACUGCCGCUUGUCAUUCCAGAAGGGAAGUUAAGUCCGGAGGCACCUCUUCUUGCUGCAAAGUUCGCAACUGAAUGCAACAUCACAGUUAGACACCAUAUGCCCGUGUUUAAGCGCUAAAAGGAUUACAAGGACCCAGAUGGACAUGUUCGAGAUGGGAUCUUCAGGAACUUUGUAGGAAAAGUUGGUAACAAGUUUCAGAUGGACGUUGAUGCUGUGCCAGUUAGGAAGGCUUGUACUGAAAUGCUGAAACGUGCCACUCGCCAACAACGAUACAGGCUCAAGAAAGAGUAUUUUGACCCUCACCCACUCCAUUUUGUGACAAGAACAUCUCCUGUCCCCUCGAUGACCGAUGAGCAGUGGAAUGAGCUAGUGGAAAGCUGGAAGGAUCCCAAAAAGAUGGGGAUAUGUGAAACUAACAAAAAUAAUCGAGCUCAAGUUAAGUUUCACCAAACCACUGGCUCGAGCAGCUACCCUGUGCACUGUGAUAAUCUGGGAGACAAAUACAAAGAUAAAGAACCCAUUGCAUUGGAUUUGUUCAAGGAGUGCCACUACAGCAAGAAAAAGAAAAGCUACACCGAUGUUGUCCAAGGUGCAAUUACCGAGAUGGAAAACAAGGCCUCUCAGCCUAUAGAAGAUGGAAAAGAAUCAAACUCUACGAGCAAGGCUAUAGCUGAAGUGCUUGCUAACCACACUAAGAAGCCAAGGUUUCUUCAGCAUGUGGGGAUCCAGCAUGUCCAUGCGAGAUCUAGCGAUAGCAACUCUCAAGCAGAAUUGGCAAAGAGGGGCAAUGUCGAGCUUCGGGCACUUGUUGACACCUUGACCAAGCAGUUGAAGGAGUCCGAAGAAGCAAGGAUCAGGCAAGACGAGGAGCACAGGAAGAGAGAUGAGGAGAACAGGAAGAAGCAAGCUGAGAUGGAUGCAAAACUAGACUUUUUGCUAAGUCAGUUGCAAGCAAGAUCAACUCAAGGGUAAGUUGUUUGUCCAAGAUCAGCCGUCGUCUCUACUUGAUACAUGGAAGCUAUGUGAAUGUGAUAUACUACUAGAACCUACCUUCUUAUUUUGUAAUGAUUUUGUUGUGCAAUCUGCACACUAUUGGAUGCAAACUGGUUGCAUUUUGCUACUCCAUUGUUCGCGGAUUUGGAGAUGCAAGGUCAAUGUUACUGUGAUUUGUGA